UUGUCUGUCCUUUUCUGAUGUGCCAGAUUCUUUUUUAUGUGACUGUUUCUCAUCUGAUCUGGCCCAUACUUUAUCCUUUUCCAUCCUCUACUCCUGAGUAGAACCUACAGAAUCUCUCUCUCCUCUAAGAGAAGUCUCUGUCCAAUCCACGUGCUCCUUUGCAGCAAUUGGCUAGCCCCCAUAUCUUAGGUCACUGUAUCCUGGAAAGAAAUUACUCUGAGAAGGAUUGGCUGGGCACAGUGGACAAGCAACUUGACAUAACCUCCCAGUAUUAUGCUAUCACAAAAAGGACUGAUGUGAUCAUACAAACAGCCAGCUCCCAGUCUCCAGCUGCAGCCCGACCUUCACCCCUCCAUUGUGCAGAUGUACACAGAAAUCCUUGUUUCUGUAUUCUCUGCCAGCACCGUCCGGUCUAUUUGCUUCUGCCCUGCUAAAACACACACAAAUUAACUACACUGGUGUAAAAAUGAAAGUGCCAUAUCCUCAGUUUCAUGUCACUUCCUUGUUCUCGGGUAUUUCCUGUUUGCUUGCUCCAGGUCAAAAACCAGGCAUUUGCUCAGCAUAUCAAGAGCAAGAAGCAUUUAAUCCCCAACGCAACUCUGUGGGAUUUGGAACACAGCUGGGACAUCACCAAGACGGAUGCUCAGCUCAGAGGAGGUCUCAGGAAGAUGCCAGAGAUGCUGCCCCAUAGAAGUGCCCUUCUGGCUCUGCUCUUGAUUCUUGCCAUUCUGCCACUCGCAUGCUCCUAUGUUCUUAUUCAUCACACUAGCUCAGGAGGUCAAUGCCAAGAGCCUUGUGAGUAUCGUGGUUACAGUUACACCUGGUGCAAGCAACUAGGAGGCAAGAAGGCGGCCUGGGAUUACUGCUCCUCACAACCAGGUUUGGAGGCCUCUGGAAAACGUUGUGCAACUCCCUGCGAGCUCUGGGGUGCUUCUUACCAUAGCUGCUAUUUGCAGGAUGGUAACUGGGGCUACUGUGGACUAAUUACCAGAUGGGAUCACGCCAAAUAUUCCCAAGAGAACAAGCUGUGUAUCAGCCAGUGCCGAGCAACCCAGGGAACUUUCCAGUGCAAUACACUUGACGGCAUUGAACCCUGCGCCCCCUUCCGUGAUGUGACCACCAGAGGCCUCCCCUGCCACAACAACUACCGAUGUGCCCGUUAUGGGCACAGUGGAUACCAGUGCCAUACUGACAAAGAAGACGACAGCUGGGCAUACUGUGGGAGGAGGAGCCUGGAUGAAUGUGUGUGGAUUUCCCACCAGACCAAUGCUACCCAAGCAGAGUUCUGCAUCCUUAGUUAUGCCCAAGGAGGAAAUGACAAUAUCACUUUCCGCCGAGAGAGGCAAGACAAAUUGAUCCACCCUGCCAAAGAGCAGUUCCAAAAUGCUACCUAUCUUAUUGAUAGCAUUACCUCCAGCAUCAGCAUCCCUGACUCUUGGGCCCUGGGCUCAGUGCGUCUAUACAAGCAGGAAGAAAUCUUCUGUAAGGGCAUCAACUACACCAACUUGGUGCUGCAAAUAAGCAAAUCUACAGAGUUCUAUUUGCCCAUUGCUCGGGUCCUCUUCCCAAACACCCUGGAUGCUGAUGAGUUCCUGCGCUUAGCACUGUACACUAGUCUCCACAGUGCCUUUUACCCACCUGCUUACGCCAUUGUUGUAUCUCUUAGUGAACCAAUGUUGUGUUCCAUUAACACCUAUGACAUGAAAAACUCAACCUGCUCCUUGCUUGACAUUGUCUAAUUUUAUGUUGCUGACUUCCCAUAUUAACACUUAUUUAGUCUCCACACUAUUACUGCCCAUCAUAUUAUUAUUGUUCAUGUUGUGUAAAACACUGAAUCAAACAGAGUCCCUUCCUAAGAGUGUUCUAUCCUGAAAAAAGCAUUCAGAGAGCUGCCUAUUGCCCGUAAUUGUCUUUGUACACAGAGAGAUCACAAUCAUUCAUGCACGGUUGGAAUGUGACUGAUUCUGCUUGUGCACUAUUUGUACUAAUCUCUCUCCAUAUGAGGUUAUAUUUGUGAAUUAAUUAUCUCCCCUUGGUACAGAGGACACAUUUCAAAUAAAGGGAAAACUUCUUUGUGA